GUCGAGGAUCGUGUGUGGGGGGCUCAGUUUGAAAUUUGAAACAUCAAAAUGACAGCUGCUGUGAACGCAACUAACUAACGUUGACCUGUAAUGAAGAUGAAUUAAUUUGAUGUAAUGAAGCUUUCAAUAACUUAGGAUAGAGGAGUCGAGAAGUGCUCCAAAAAUGGCUGGGGACGGUAGCUGCUGCAACAUGAAUGGGUUGGAGCGCCGCUACCACAGUCUACGAGCUCAUCUUGAUGAACUAGGAUUCCGACAACCCCUUGCCAUUGAGUGUGUGCCACUUGUGGAAGCACUCUUUAAAGACCUUUUGCAUACUACAUCAAGUCUCGAGAACUAUAAAAAGCAAGCUCAAGAAUUGGAUGAGCAAGUUCGAGUGUUGAAUAAAGGUGUCCAGCCAUUUCGCACGGACAACGAACGCCUCGUACGGCAGAUUACGGAAUUAAACAAGCAGAUCACUAAAAUCAAAGAGGAGGCAGAAUCAUCAGUUGGUGAUGCUAAAGCUCGGUGUAGGAAACUUGAACAUGAAAAUGCUGAUCUACAGUUCCUUGUCAGUCAACACCUGUCUCGAAUUAGAACCUUAGAGGUGGAGUCAACGGAGAAGUCGAAAAAGCUUCUAAGCCUUCAAAGUGCACCUAGUAUAUCAAUAGGAAAGAAAAAAUCAGGACUUAAUUCUCAGACAAAAGUUGAGAUUUUAUCUUCAAUUGGCCCUUCUAAAAAGCAACCCCCAGGUCGACCAUGGCUUGAUGUGUUUAGUGGUGCCUUAACUCAAACUGAAGACCCAUUUGUUGUCAACAUGGUGGAUCGAUCCCAAGCUGAGUUGCGAGCUGCUCGUUAUGAAAUGAAAUUGUUGAGAGAAGAGAAAGAAAAACUUUCUGAAACAAUUUCUUCUUUAAAACAACAGGUUCGUGAUAGGGAUCUGGAUAUAGCUAAACUGCACACACAAGUGGAGAACAAUCGGUGUCAUCCUUCAGCUCGUGAUCCUGAAAUCAUGAAAGAUGACUACACCAUUGCCAAUCUUAGGGCAACUAUUGUCUCACUUGAGGACUCAAAUAAUAAUUUACGCACCCAGCUUCAAGAUGCAUUGCGUAAACAACAUGAGGCUAUGAUGAGAGCUGUACACCUAGCAGAGCGUAAUCAAGUUCUCACAAAUGAAAUUAGAAAUGUGGAUAACGUAGCAAUGCGUGUGGAGGAUUCUUGUAACCAUACUGUCAAAGAAACAUCACAGAGAAUUAUAGACCUCCAGGAACAACUUUCACACUACCAAAAGAUGGUUGCAGAUUUAGAGAGAACUGGUGUUGAAGCUAGAUGUAAUGCACAAAAUUUGUCAAUUGAUCUAGAGAAAUUAAGACUUGAAAACAAACAUCUUCUUGAAACUCAACAGUUUAGAAAUACACAAAGUCAUUUGCAGACUGAUAGAGUUGAAAUGUCUCGACAACAACAUAUUGAGAAAGAGUUAACCAAGGAAAUUGAGAAUUUGGUGGCUGCAGUGACCUAUCAAAAACAGAAAAUAUCUGAACUUGAAGAAAAAGUUGCUCUUACAACUGCAGAAAAUCAAGCAGCUUCCAGUGCACCUGUGUCUGGCACUGGUUCUGGCAGUGCAACCUCUAAAGGUUCCUCCAACUCUAGCUCUGGAAGAUCAGGUGUAGCAACUGGUUCUUCCAAAGAUGAACGUUGGUUAAACAUUCCAAAGAUUUCUUGCCAUGUCUCCCCAAAAUCAGCUAGUAGCAAGAGAAACAGCUGCACUUCUCCCACCCUUGUACUUUCCUCUUCACUUCUGACUACCAACAAGACAGCCUGGCCUGGCAGGAAAUCUACCCCUGGUGUGGGCUUUGAUAAUGGUACUGAUUCAAGAGAGCACAGACACAUUCCCAAGGAAAAUAUUUAUAUUGAUGUGGAGUCCUCCCUCAGUCAACACAGCAGUCACUCUGCAUCAGAGCCUGCAUCAGUAGCGUUACAAUCACCUAUUUCAGUCUCUCAAAGAGCUAGUGAAUUUACAACAUCCAGUGGGAAGACAAAAAGCACACUCUCAACAGUUUUGUCUAUCGAUCAGGCAACUGUUUCUACUGAAGAACCUACACCUACAUCUUACACAACUUCUACCAUUGAUGCGCCUCCUCAGAUUGAAAUUGAGGAGGAAACUGUCAAAGACCAUGGGUGGCACAGUGCUGACAGGUACCCACGAAGUGAAGGACAGUAUAACAACCCUCGUAGCAGUACAGAUAAUUUAAAUGCUUCACGGUUACCCCGUAAUCGCAUGCCUCGCCAGAAGAAGCAAUCCACUGCCAAGAAGACUGUUACUCAUGCUCCUUCCAGCAAAAAUCCAAGUGGAGACAAUGGCAAGGCUCGCUCAUCAAACCGAAGUGCUGGCAUCCAGACAGACAUGAAAAGGAUAGACUCUAAAGAAGUUCAGGUAAAUCUUCGGCAUGAGCCUCCAGAAAGAGAGACUGCACAAUCAUAUUCUGGUGAUAGAGGAGAUAGGUACAAAGAAACGGAGUACAGAAAAGAGAAGAGGAGGGACUUUAAAUCAAAGAGGGAGGAGGAGGUGGAAGAAUAUACUAGUGAGAGAUACACUGAAGAAGGUCAAGAGAGAUGGAGUCAGGAAUCAAGAAAAGAUCAAGAAAGAAGGGCAAAAGAUAAGAGUCGGAAACAAGAUGACCAUGGUUCUGAUAGAUCCCAACCAACACAGAAGGUUGACAGAGGUAGUCAGAGUGAAGAAGUUGGACCAAGCAAAUCUAAUGCUAGCCAAAAUAAUAAUAAUAUUAAUCAUCAUCAUCAUCCAUGUAUGGAUGGUGCUGGUGAUGGACCUUGGAAUGUGAAGUCGCCUCCAGAUUUAUGUCCUAUUAUUAAAACUCUUGAAGCAGAACGCAACUUUUUUGAAAAAGAGUAUCUCAGAAUCCGAGAAUAUCUUGACAACUUGCCUGAAAAACUUGGUAGCACAGAUUUGUUGUGGAAGUUACGAGAAGCUCAUGCUGAACUUGACGUGCUGAGAGCUGAAAAUCAUAGACUUUCUAAGGAAGUUGCUGAUUUGUCUGCUGUUUACAAAUGUGAAGCUGCAGAUAGUCGAUCUCACUCAGAUGCAAACCGGGCUCUUGCAGAAAAGUAUACUAAGGUUCAGCAAAGGCUGGCUGAAAAGGAGAGGGAACUGCUACUUGUGUGUGAAGAAAACCAUUCUUUACUUACUGAGAGGGAUUCCCUACGUCUUCUUGCACAAAGAGAAAGUCAUGAAUGUGAAAGAUUAAGUAAUGACAUCCAUUCUCUUCAACUAGAAAUUGAUAUUCUUCGUGCUAAAAAGUCUGCUGAUGUAGAAAAAGAUAAACUGAUCGAAGAAAACCGUUCACUUCAAUUAGAAAUAGGUGUACUCCGUGGUCAGAAAGAAGGAGAAAAAACUCUAGACCGUGAACGAGAGAGGGAGAGAGAAAGACUAGCAGAGGAAAAUAGGAGACUUCGUGAAACUAUUGAAACUUUAAAAACUUCUACAAUGUUUAACUCUUCAGAGAAAAUGUGCUAUGACCAGCCACAACAGUCUGUAAUGGCUGUUGUUGAUGCUCUCCACUCAACUCAAAAACGUGUCUGGGAACUCGAGUCAGAUGGUAGAGAUGCUAGUAGAACAUUUGACAGAGAAGUUCUUGAGCUACGGUCCCAGCUUUCUGCUCGAACCAAACAACUAGAUGCCGCCACUCUUCAGUCAGAAGCAGCUAGAACUCGUCUGACAGAACUCCAAAACUCUUUAGCUCAAGCAAAUGCUAAUCAUAUGAAAAUGAAAGUUUUGCUGGAGGAGACAGAAAGAAGUUUGGAGCAAACACAGAAUGAUUUAAGUAGACUUCAGACAGAUUCUGUUCAUCAACAGGAGCGAAUUCAAAAAUUGGAAUAUGACCGCGCUGCCUUAGAAAAAGAAGUGAAUUCCCUUCGCUCUGAAGUACAGAGACUACAUGGUUCCAUCAAUGAUCUUGAAAAUGAGAAAGAUGAACUAAUAAGAACAGCUGAUGAAAGAGCAGAGCAAGUUCAAAUGUUGAGUGAAGACAUACGUCAAAGGGACAACCGGAUAAAGCAGUUGGAGAAAGCCAUUCAUGAUCUCCAGUAUGCUGCUGAGCGCGAUCAGAAGCAGCGGGCCGAGCUGGAGGAGUCGCUGCGCGCCAUGACCCGGGACUACGACCAGGCGGAGGCGUCGCGGCGCUCGCUGGCCGCCUCCAACGAGGCCGCCGUCAGGGAAAACAAGCGCCUUCAGGAGGAACUCGCUGCAAUGACUGCAUCCCUCCGAGCUACCACCCAGAGCUACGAAGAGUCUUGUCGAGAAGUGGACAACUUAAAGAAGCAGCUGCAAAUUUACGUCUUGGAAGUGGAGCGCUUUGAAGAAUUACUUGGCGAAAAGGAGGCAGAAAGAAGUGAAAUGCUUGAAACUUUCCGUAAUCUCAGUGAUGAAGCUUCAAAACUGGACUCACAUAACAUGACUCUGGAAACGGAAUAUAACACAAUGAGGGGCUCUCUUGAUCAGUAUCGAGAGCAAGUCCAUUCUCUUAAUCACCAAUUGGCUGAUAAAGAUGAAAUAGUUCAGAGCUACGAGAAACAGAUUGAGCAAUUAUCAGCGUCAAUUGCUCACUUAGAGCGUCAGCUGGAGGAGUCUCGAGUGGCGAGAGAAUCUGUUGAGCAGGAUCUUCAAUCAGCCCAUGGAUUAGCUCGUCAGCUUGAAUCUCAGAAAGAAGCGCUUCAAGAUAUGCUGGACAAUUUACAGCAACAAAAGGAAAAUGCUGAACGGCAAACUCAAGAUGUGUCUGAACAAGCUGCCCUCCUUCAACGCCAACAACAAGAGCUAAGAGCAACCAUCCAAUCAAUGGAAAACCUUCUUGCUGAGAGUAGAUCCCAGGUAUCUGCUCAAGCAGCAAGGGCUGCUGAACUUGAACAAGACAAUCGAACUAUGACUGCUCAAAUAGAAACUCUUCAGUAUACAGUUGAUCAGCUCACUGGAAGAGCAAAUAAAGCAGAAGAGUUACUAGAGAGAAAUAGAGAGAGUGUUGUAGAAUAUGAACGUAGAUUGCAGCAAAGUCUCUCAGAAGUAGAGAAACAAACACAGAAGCAGACAAGUCUCACACAAACAGCCAGUGAAAGAGAACAUGAAGUAAGGCAAAUGAGGGCAGAAAACGAUCACUUGGCCCGCACUCUUGAUGAGGCCAAAGAGGAGGUACAACGGUGCAGGGAAACUAUUGAAAGUUUAAAGCAGCGUGUUGCUGGGCUUGAAGAAUCUGAUCGAGCAAGUAGAAGAAAUAUGUCUGAUGCUAGACGAGAGGCUGCUGAGACCAUUAGAUUUUCAGAAGAUACGCACCGGAGUGCAUGUACUUGUGGGCCUCCUGUACCUGAGCCAACUGGCGAAAUAGUUAGCAGUGCUACUUGUUGCGGUUCUCCACCAGCUGAGCCCAGCAAUCGGCACUGUGCAUGUGGACCUCCAGCAUCAGAACACAACAAGAAAAUUCAGGUCUCCCCACACUACAAUAGGCCCCAUUCUGGGCGCCGUUCUUCAUCUCAAAGAGAAACUUCACAUGCACUCUCUCGUAGUUCCCAGUGGUAUGGAGGUGAGAUUCCUGAACAGGCUGGCGACAUUACUGCCCAUAUAAGGAACACACGAUUUGAUGCUCAAGAUCCCAGGUCAGCAGAGUUAGGCUGGAUUCACCCUGUGAAACCACAAUGUGGCCUAAGAUUACACAUGGAAGUUCCUCGGCCACCAUCGCAGACAACAAAUAGUGAUAUUAGAGCACGAACUCAAAUAUUUGGUUUGCUUGAAUUUGACAUGGCCUCUAAAAUGGCCAAAGGAGGUAUUAUGAUGCAUAAUCAAGCUGAAAUGAGAAAAAACUCUUUGGAUAAUUCAGCAACAAGAAAAGAGAGUCACCACAGCACAAGAAUCAGCUCAAUAGCUAUUCCAAUGCUGGACAAUGGGUUGCAUAGUGCAGGAAAGGCUCCUCCAUUAUCAUUUAGUUUGGGGAAAAGUACUGCUGCCUGCCAUAAUCCAAUUAUUCAAUAUCCUCCUAGCUGCCCUGAAAGUGUGAUAUCAGAAUCAAUGCCUCGCUUUGAUACUCCGAGUACUAUAUCCCCUUCUCUACUGUCCACUGUAAUGCAUGAAGAGAAAGAUAUGAAGCCAGAACAGUUAGCAUCAUCCAAUCAAUGGAAAUGUCAAUGCCCUGAUGCUCAUCCACCUCUUAAAAGAAAAUUCCCUCAAGAAAACAACUCUGCUCUUUCAUCAGCGUAUUCCUCGUUAGGAGAGGGCAACAAUGCUGGAUCAUUUUAUCAAGAGUACAAAUUUUCAGAAGAAAAGCCAUUUCCACAUUGUAAAUCCUCUCUCACCAAAAAUUUACAAUCUACCUCACAUAUUAAAUUGCACAAAGAUGAUAGAAUGUCACUGAAUCGACUUGGAAAAAGAAAAGAGCCUUCAGAGCUUGUGAAUGAAGAAAAUCUAGCCAAAGAACACCAGCUACCUUCAACGUCUAAUAAAGCGUCCAAUUACAGCAAAUUAUACUUUUCCCCAGUUGUGGCCUCUAGAGAAAAUUCAGAAGCCAUCAGUAAUUUUGACUCUGAACAAUCUAGUCAAAGUUUUCAGUCUUCUUCCAUAGGUGUUGGAGGUACAGACUAUAGACCCUUUCCUAUCAAUCUGCCUGACCCCAGCGUUACCCCUGUGCAAAACCAAACCCCAAUUUCAACUGAAAAGACACAACAGUUUCGUUUCCAAGUUGGAGUGACCACAUCUCAUAUUCAGGCUUCUUUGCAAGCUAUGUGUAGCCCUGGGCAGACUGAUGCCGAUAGAAUUGGAUGUCAAGUUAAUGAUUUAUCAGCCUCUGGUCCACUGCUACCUCUUUUCCAACUCCAACACCAGAGACAACAAAUUCAGUUAGCUCAACAACAGAAUCAGCUCCUUCAGCAGCAAAGGCUGAUGAAACAACAACAAGAACUGCAAGAACAGCAGGUUCUAGAACAAGAACAACUUCUACAGCAACAGUUGGCCCAGCAGCAACUGCUCCUUCAAAAACAACAAGUAGAGCAACAGCAAUUACUUCAGAAGGAACUCCAGCAUCUGCAGUUGUGUCUAGAACAGAGUCUAAUGGUUGCUGAGCCUAAUUUGCCAGAAUCUAAGGUUAACACUCUGUUGGAGAGUAACAAUGUUGCACGUCUACAUAACUCAACCUUGGGAGGAGGUGAUAAAGGUUUUAGCAGUUCUUUUGGAGAAGUGGCUCAAUUUACUUCCAAUAAUGUAACUGUCUCUGAACGGGCUGAGAUAUCUCAUGAUGCAAGUACUAUUGGACAUUGUUUUUCAAAAGACAGAAGGGAGGAGGAAAACAGAUGUAUUGAAAACCAAAAUAAAUCUGGCCCUCCAACAGGAACCAAAGUCAGAGAAGAAAAUGUAAUUGGGGAAGGAGUUUCUAAAGAACACAAAGAUUUCAAGCACUGUCUAGACAAAAAUGUCAGCAGGUGUAAUGAAAUCACAACAUCGCACCAGUUUCAACAGAAUUUCAAAACAAAUACAAUCUCUUCAAAGGAAAUAAGUCUUAAUAGUCAGAAAACCAUGUCUGCCCAUACAGCUGAGAAAAUUAACAUAAAUUGUGAUAAAUCUCAUGAUAAAAGAGAAUGUUGUUUUGUCACUAUUCCCACAAACCAUCAGCUUUGUUUCCCUUCAAAACUUAACUUACAUAGUGGAAAUCAAAAUAUACAUCCAUAUCACAGAAAGUCUAAAAAAAGUGCUCAUUCACAUCAAUCCAAUAAACAAUCAUUAGAUUCUGGAAAUUUCAGUGGGUGUGAUGACUCAUAUUCUGAUUGCAGUAAGAAAGAUUAAGAACUGAUAUACACUGUUCAACUUUAAUAAGGUCUGGCAAGGGUAAAAUUUAUAUCUAAAAGUUGUGUGGUUUUUGUGUUUAAAAUUAAUCUGGUGUAUCAUAUGUAACAGAGCAAAGCAAGUCAAUUAC